AACUGCAAUAAUAACAAUAAAAUUAAAACAGAAUAAAAACUUGUAGAGAAAUUGCAUUAAUAAUUAACUAAAAUUAUAAAAAAUUGUACUAAAAUGGGAUGUGAUGGUGGCACUAUACCUAGACGUGAUGAACUUGUGCGCGUAAAGCAGAAACCUGAACAGAAAGAUAAAGAUGCGGAGCGUGAAUUUCGCUGGUUGCACUGUGCCCUGACCCAACAGCGACUGCAGGAGCCCAUUGUUAUGUGUACCAUGGGACGCCUCUACUCCAAGCAGAGUGUCAUUGAGCGUUUGCUGGAGAAAGAAAAGAUGCCAGAGACUUCAGUUCAUGUGCGCACCAUGAAGGACAUCAAAACAUUGCAGUUGACAGCAAAUCCUGCAUUCACCGAGGAGGACAAAACCGAGGGACUGUUGGACACACGCCAUGCGCCCUACAUAUGCAAACUGAUUGGUCUCGAGAUGUCGGGCAAGUUCCGCUUUGUCGCCCUGUGGAGCUGCGGCUGCGUCAUGUCGGAGCGUGCUCUAAAGCAGAUCAAAGGGAGCACGGCAAGCACUUGUCCACUGUGCCAGUUGCCUUACAGCCUCGAGGAUGUGAUUGUGCUCAAUGGCAAUGAGGAGGACUUGGAGCUGAUGAAAGUCAAAUGUGAAAUGCGCGCAGCCAAGCGCAAGUCCGCCAAAAAGGACAAAAAGGAAUCGAAGAAAACAGAGACCAGCGUCAAGUCAGACCCCGCUGCUGAGACUACUGAGACUGUCCCCACUACCGUCAAGGAAGAGCAACCCUCCAGCAGCAGCAGCCACAAAUUGAAAGCUUUGGCUAAUCCCAAACGCCUUGGCGCAGUUAAUGCUAUGCAAGAUCCAGAAAUGAAGCGUUUGAAAACUGAUUUCAGCGUGGCCAAAGAUCCCAAGGCCAGUGAUGUCUACAAAUCUCUGUUCACCAGCCACAAAACUGACAAGGAACAGGAACGCGCUCACUGGAUCACCUACAAUCCAUUUUACAAUUAGUUUAAUAAAUAAUUUUAAUGUUUAUAGUUUGCUAUACGUUUCCAAUCACUAUAUACAUUUGUAGUUCAACUGGGACAACUCAGUAGCUGAUAUUUCAUUGUAUAAAUAUUACUUCAAGACAAAUUAAACAGACGAUUUGAAUA